AUGGUUGGGAAGAAAGGAGUAGAACCCCUAUAUGCAGUGAUACGAGGGCAGAAACAACAGUUCAUAGGAAAUAUGUUUGAGAGCAGAGAAUCUUUGGGUGCUGUUGGAAAAUGUGUAGGGGAGGAUCCAAGAUGGCAGCUUGGAGACAACACCUGGUGUGAGCUCUGCAAGGAGGCUGCUUUAAACCUGGGAAUUUCAGGUCAAGUUAGUACUGUGCAAGUAACCACCCCAUACAAUUUUGUGAACGUGACAGUUGGAUCUAAUGUCACUCUCCUCUGCACCUACACCACGACUGAGGCCUCUCGGAAGAUGCUUUCCAUCCAGUGGUCAUUUCACAAUGAGAAGAAUCAAAAACCAGAUACUAUUUACUAUGCUGAAGGUGGACAAGCUACAGCCAUUGGGAGAUUUAAAAAUCGAAUUGUAGGGUCUAAUGAAACAGGCAACGCAUCUAUCACUAUUUCGCAUAUGCAACCAGCAGAUAGUGGUAUCUACACCUGUGAUGUUAACAACCCCCCUGAUUUUGCUGGCAGCAAUCAAGGCAUCAUCAGUGUCAGUGUGUUAGUCAAACCUUCUAAGCCCUAUUGCAGUAUUCAAGGAGUACCAGAAGCUGGCCAUCCUAUAUCACUUUCGUGCCUCUCUACACUUGGGACACCAUCUCCUGUGUACUACUGGUAUAAACUUGAGGGAAAAGACAUCAUCCCAGUGAAAGAAAGCUUCAACCCAACCACUGGACAUUUGUAUAUUGGAAAUCUGACAAAUUUUGAACAAGGUUAUUACCAGUGCACUGCUGUCAACAACCUUGGCAAUAGCUCCUGUGAAAUUGAUCUAACAUCUUCAUAUCCAGAAGUUGGAAUCAUUGUUGGGGCAUUGGUGGGUACCCUGGUAGGUGCUGCCAUUAUCAUCUCUGUUGUAUGCUUUGCAAGGAGCAAAGCAAAGGCAAAGGCAAAGGGGAAAGAAUGGAAGAGAAGUUCUAAAACUGCCACAGAACUCGAACCUAUGACAAAGAUAGACGAAAGUACAGGUUGUCACGAAAUGCCAGCUGAAGACGCUACCCGGGAAGAAGCAACUAAGUCAUCUACCAACAAAACUGGCCCUGAUUCCAACCUAGGGCCAGAUCAUGAGCCUAUGUCUGCCACAGAACCUACUUCAGUACCUGAGCUUGAGAUUCAACUGGAGCCAAAGCCUGAACCCCAGCCAGAGCCUAAAGCAGAACCCAACAAACCCAGCAUUGUAGUUGAGCCCUUAUGUGAUGAGGAGAAGAGAGUGACUAAGUCAUAGGUUGGUAGGCUAAGGGUAAUACUCAUCACUAAAGAACCAUUGCUGUCAUUUGGAAUUCAGUUGACCUAGCUAAUACCCCAACUCUUUCCUCUAUUUCCACCAACCCUCUCCCAACAAGGAACGCCUACCAUUAAUCCAAAAUAAACUGGUAAAAACAACUACUAAAUAAACUCAACUGCGUUACCAGUA